UGCAGUCUGUGGAUCUGAUCCCACACCUGGAGGACUCAGGAUGCUGUUGCUGCAAGCUGUUCUACUGUUACUAGUCCUGCCCAGUCGUGGUCAAGAUACUCCGACCAAAGAACCUGAAGUCCAACUUCCCCUGCCUAAAGGGGUCUGCACUGGUUGGGUGGCGGGCAUCCCAGGGCAUCCUGGCCACAAUGGGACCCCAGGACGUGAUGGCAGAGAUGGCACUCCUGGUGAGAAGGGUGAAAAAGGAGAUGCAGGUCUUGUUGGUCCUAAGGGUGACACUGGUGAAACUGGAGUGACUGGGGUUGAAGGUCCCCGAGGCUUUCCAGGAGUCCAAGGCAGGAAAGGAGAACCUGGAGAAAGUGCCUAUGUAUACCGCUCAGCGUUCAGUGUGGGACUGGAGACCCGGGUCACUGUUCCCAAUGUUCCCAUUCGCUUUACCAAAAUCUUCUACAAUCAGCAAAACCACUAUGAUGACACCACUGGCAAAUUCCACUGCAACAUUCCUGGGCUCUACUACUUCUCCUACCACAUUACGGUCUACCACAAAGAUGUGAAGGUCAGCCUCUACAAGAAGGAUAAGGCUGUGCUCUUUACCUUUGACAAAUACCAGGACCAGGACGUGGACCAAGCCUCUGGCUCUGUGCUCCUCCAUCUGGAGAUGGGUGACCAAGUCUGGCUCCAGGUGUAUGGGGAAGGGGAGAAUAAUGGGCUCUAUGCAGAUAAUAUCAAUGACUCCACCUUCACAGGCUUCCUUCUCUACCAUGACACUAAUUAGUGACCACUUAACCAGAGCCUCCACUGGGCCAAACAACCCAGAAGUCAAAGAACAGCCCAAGGGUUUUCAGUGUAGUUAGGAGACUGAUAUUAUUAUUUAGUUGGAGAGUUCUGGACAUUAUUCAUGCAUUUACUCAUUCAUUCAUCAAGUGCCCUUUUUAAAAAGUUAAUAGUUUAUUCUCAGUCCUAAAGGAGAUAUGUUCCCUGGCUGCAAGGAUUUGGUACAUAGUGUCAAAUAGAAGGAUAACAGUAUUUACUGGGGAGCUUCACAUACAUGACA